AUGGCUGUGGGAGCGGUACUGUUGGCAGCGUUUCUGGCGUUAAUCGGCUACCUUUUGAUGAAAUGGCGUAGCUCUUUGAGAUAUUGGCAGGAUUUGGGAAUUCCCUGCGAUGAGCCGCACUUCAUGAUGGGCAACAUGGAGGGAGUCCGAACCAAGCGAUCCUUCCACGAGAUCUGGACGAGCACCUACAAGAAGUACCGGGGAACUGGACCGUUCGCUGGAUUCUAUUGGUUCCGCCGACCAGCUGUGUUUGUCCUGGAAACCUCCCUGGCUAAGCAGAUCCUGAUCAAGGAGUUUAACAAGUUCACGGAUCGCGGCUUCUACAACAAUCCCGAGGAUGAUCCAUUGUCUGGUCAGUUGUUCCUACUGGAUGGGCACAAGUGGAAGUCAAUGCGCCAAAAGCUAACGCCCACUUUCACAUCGGGAAAAAUGAAGUUCAUGUUCCCCACGGUGAUUAAAGUGGGUCACGAGUUCAUCGAUGUGUUCGGUGAAUAUGUAAAGAAGAACGAAAUUGUUGAGGUGAAGGAGCUGUUGGCCCGAUUUACCACCGAUGUGAUUGGCACCUGUGGCUUCGGCAUCGAAUGCAGUAGCUUGAAGGAUCCCGAAGCCGAGUUCCGGAUAAUGGGUCGUAGAGCACUAACUGAAGAGCGAUUGAGUCCCAUUGCAGUCGCGUUUACCAAUAGCUUUCCCAAUUUGUCACAUCGCCUUCAUAUAAAAAUCACUGCGGAACACAUCGAAGAGUUCUUCCUGCGAAUCGUCAGGGAAACAGUGGCAUUCAGGGAGCAAAACAAUAUUCGACGAAAUGACUUCAUGGAUCAGUUGAUUGACUUGAAAAACAACCAACUAAUGGCAUCCGAAACUGGGGAGAAUGUCAACCUAACAAUUGAGCAGAUUGCGGCGCAGGCUUUUGUGUUCUUUGCGGCUGGUUUUGAAACCUCCUCGACAACCAUGGGAUUUACCCUUUAUGAACUGGCCCAGCAUCAGGAUAUUCAGGAUCGGGUGAGGAAGGAGGUGCUGGAAAUUUGCCAGAAAAAUAACGGAGAGUUGACCUACGAAAGCGUCAAGGACUUGGUCUACCUUGAUCAAGUUAUUUCUGAAUCCCUUCGACUGUAUACUGUUCUCCCCGUUUUAAACCGCGUAUGCCUGGAAGACUUUGUAGUUCCCGAUAAUCCCAAGUAUGUGAUUAAGAAGGGAAUGACUGUUCUGAUGCCCAGCGGAGCCAUGCAUCGCGAUGAGAAGCUGUAUCCCAAUCCGGACACCUUUAACCCGGAAAACUUUUCACCCGAGCGCGUGAAGGAGAGAGAUUCCAUAGAGUGGCUUCCCUUCGGCGAAGGUCCUCGAAAUUGCAUUGGAAUGCGGUUUGGUAAAAUGCAGGCCAAGAUUGGAUUGGCCCUCCUUAUCAAGGAAUUCAAGUUCUCUGUCUGCGAUCAGACAACGAUUCCCAUGAAAUACAACAAAGAAAUGUUCCUUGUGGCAAGCGAGAAAGGCAUUUAUCUUAAAGUUGAACGAGUGUAA